AUGUCAGACGUGGAAAUGGGUGAAGCCGGUAAGGCAAAGAUCAUUGAUGGUAAUGCUAUUGCCAAGCAAGUACGACAAUCAAUCUCUGAAUCCAUCUCUCAACUGCAAUCUACCAACCCUACUUUCCAUGCUCCUCACCUCGUCAUCUUCCAACUCGGUUCCAGUCCAGCUUCAUCCACUUACAUUCGAAUGAAGCUCAAGGCUGCCGAGGAAAGCGGCAUGUCCGUUGAACAUAUUCAAAUCCCCUCCGAUGCCGAAUCAGGUGCAUCUGCCGGUACAGGUGUCAAGAGAGUGUUGGAAGCUGUUCAAAAGGCCAACCAAGAUGAGAAAGUAUCUGGUAUCCUAGUUCAACUCCCUCUUGAAGGUGCCGGUAAAACCGAAGAGAAGGCUGUCGUCGAUUCAGUAGAUGUUAGCAAAGAUGUUGAUGGAUUCCACCCUGAAAAUAUUGGUCUUCUUUCCUCAAGAAUCGGUGAACCUCACUUCGUCCCAUGUACUCCAGCUGGAGCUAUUAAGCUCAUUGAAUCGACCGGAUUCGACUUGAAAGGUUCCAACGUCGUCGUUCUCGGUAGAUCAGAUAUUGUCGGUACUCCCGUAUGCGCUCUACUCAGGAAGAAGGACGCUACCGUUACUCAAUGUCACUCUCGAACCAAGAACCUCGAACAGAUCAUUGGAACCGCCGAUGUCCUCGUAGCUGCUAUCGGUCAAGCUGAAUUCGUCAAAGGCGAUCGGCUUAAACCCGGUGCUAUCGUCAUUGACGUCGGUACCAACUACAUUCCCGACUCAACCAAGAAAUCAGGUCAACGAUUGGUCGGUGACGUACACUUCGAAUCAGCUGCCAAAGUCGCUUCUUACAUCACCCCUGUUCCCGGAGGUGUCGGUCCAAUGACCGUUGCCAUGCUCAUGAAUAACACCUUCCAAGCUGCCAAGAAAGCCUGGGAGUCAAGACGAGCCAAGCAACUCACCCCUCUCCCCCUCGAAAUCAAAGAGAAGGUCCCAUCAGAUAUCGAAAUCGCCGUUGCUCAAACUCCUAAACCCGUCGCUCUCAUCGCUGAGGAGAUCGGUGUUCACCCUGAUGAAGUUGAAUCUUACGGCAGAUACAAAGCUAAGAUCGAACUUAGCGUUCUUGAUAGACUCAAGGAUAGACUCGAUGGUAAAUACAUUGUGGUCGCUGGUAUUACCCCCACUCCUCUCGGUGAAGGUAAAUCAACCACUACCAUCGGUCUUGCUCAAGCCCUCGGUGCUCACUUGCACAAAACUGCUAUCGCAUGUGUUAGACAACCUUCUCAAGGUCCCACAUUCGGUGUUAAAGGUGGUGCUGCCGGUGGUGGUUACUCUCAAGUUAUCCCCAUGACCGAAUUCAACCUUCACUUGACUGGUGAUAUUCACGCUGUCACUGCUGCCAACAACUUGCUCGCUGCUGCUAUCGACGCGAGGAUGUUCCAUGAAGCCACCCAAUCCGACAAAGGUCUCUUCAACAGAUUAUGUCCCGCCAAGAAAGGUGUCAGAACAUUCUCGAAACCCAUGCUUGCUCGACUUCACAAACAAGGUGUCAACAAGACUGACCCUAACGAAUUGACCGAAGAGGAAGCUGCUAGAUUUGCUCGACUCGAUAUCGACCCUGCUACCCUCACCUGGAACCGUGUGUUAGAUACCAAUGAUCGAUACCUCCGACAAAUCACUGUUGGUCAAGCACCCACUGAGAAAGGUCUUGAAAGAAAGACCGCUUUUGAUAUUGCUGUCGCCUCUGAAUGUAUGGCAGUUCUCGCUUUGAGUAAAGAUCUUGCCGAUAUGCGAGCUCGACUCGGUCGAAUGGUAGUAGCUUCCAGUAAAGCUGGUGAACCCAUUACAGCCGAGGAUAUCGGUUGUGCAGGUGCCAUGGCGGUGCUGAUGAAAGACGCCAUCAAACCUACCAUCAUGCAAACUUUGGAAGGUACACCAGUCUUUGUUCAUGCUGGACCAUUCGCCAAUAUCGCUCAUGGUAACUCGUCGAUCAUUGCCGAUAGGAUCGCCCUGAAAUUGGCGGGUAUCGAACAAGGUGACGACGCUGCAAGAAACGGUUAUGUCAUCACUGAAGCUGGUUUCGGUGCUGAUAUCGGUAUGGAGAAGUUCUGCAAUAUCAAAACUCGAGUUUCAGGACUUUCACCCAACGCUGUGGUGCUUGUCGCUACCAUUCGAGCAUUAAAGAUGCACGGUGGUGGUCCAGCUGUCACUCCUGGUAAACCUCUUGAUGUAGUUUACACUCAAGAGAAUUUGGAAUUGUUAGAAAAGGGAUGCGCAAACUUGGGUAAACAUAUUGAGAACGCAAAGAAAUUCGGUUUGAAAGUUGUUGUCGCCAUUAACCAAUUCACCAACGAUACACCAGCUGAGAUGGAGUUGGUUCAGAAAUUCGCUCUUAAUGCCGGAGCAGAUUACGCUGUACCUGCCAACCAUUGGGCUAAAGGUGGUGAAGGUGCUGUUGAACUUGCGAAAGCAGUCAUCGACGCAUGUUCUGAGCCAUCUACUUUCAAAUUCCUCUACGACCUCAACCAACCCCUCAAAGCCAAGAUCGAAAUCAUCGCAAAAGAGAUGUACGGUGCUGAUGGAAUUUCAUUAUCUCCCGAAGCUGAAGAAGAAGUUGCUAGAUAUGAGAAACAGGGUUAUGGUGGAUUACCAAUCUGUAUGGCCAAGACUGCCCUUUCGCUCUCGGACGAUCCAUCGAAGAAAGGUGUACCUACUGGAUUUACAUUACCAAUUAGGAAUGUCCGAUUGAGUGCAGGUGCAUCAUUCGUUUACCCCCUUGUGGGAGAUAUGUCGACUAUGCCUGGUUUGACUACACGACCUGGAUUCUACGAUAUUGACUUGAACCCCGAUACAGGUGAUAUCGAGGGAUUGUUCUAA